AUGGACAAAAAGACUUUGAAGGAUUUGCUCUCGAAAGAAAAUGGUCCAGGGGAGUAUUCAGACUCUUCUGACCUGGAUAUGGACAAUGAACAAGAGGAUGUUUGUUGUGGAUUUGAAGGAGAAUCUCAAGAUAAUGAUCAUAAUUGUGUUGAAUGUACUGAUAUGCCUUAUGAGUUAUUGUGUGAGCCAUGUGAUGAAAAGUUCUGUAGAGUCUGUUGGGACGUUAUCCAUCGUUCUGGUAAGAGAAAGAAUCACAAGACGAGAGUGUUGACCAAUGAGCGAGCAGAUCAAGAAAAACAGAAACAACAACAACAGCAACAAUCUACCGGGUUACUGCUGCUGCAAAUUCUUGAAGGUGAUGAGCUCGACUACCUGUCAUCAUCAAGCAACGCUGUGUCUGGUGCUUCUGUAGAUAAACUUCUUUUGGAAUCGUUACGUUCAUCCAUUGCAUACAUCCCAAUGAGACUUACAUACGAAGAAAGAAGACUCUUACGUCUUCUUGAAGCCGCCUUGAACGUCUCUGAAUAUACUGAUAAAAUUGACAUUAUCUCAUACAAGUCUAAAUCGAAAAGAAUUGUGGCAGAAUUGAAGGAAAUCUGUUCAAUUCUUGCCGGAUUAGUUGUGGCACAAGAUUUUAAAACGGGUCAAAAAUUUAUUGAAGAGAAAAACUUUGUUGAUAAUGCUGAGUGGUACAAGGAUAUCUUUGAGAUUGGCCGGAGAUACAAGAUCAUGAAUCCAGAGAAACUUCGAGAUUCCUUUGGGAAGCUUUGUUUUAUGAUCAUGGACUCAAGAUUUCCAGAAAUCAAAGAACAACUAGAAUUUGACUUAUAUAAGCCGAUUAAGACCAUAGAGACCUUUUUACUUGAUAAGGAACCUCAAUUGUUGGAGAAAUUAUUCGCAUCAGAUCUUAUUUUGACUGCUACGGCUGAAAUUAGCCCUGAAGGUAAAUCUAGAUCUAUCUUAAACAAGCAAAAAAAAAGUAAAGAAAUGGCUAUUGAACGUUUGGCUAGUAAGUAUCAUUCCUCCAGACUCUCUAAAGAAGAAAUUAGACAACUUCUUUAUUCAAUUGGAGAUUUCCAUUCAUACAUUAAUUUCAAUAAAUCUCCAAUCAAGAGAAUUUUGAAACAAUUAGAAUCCAAUUUCAGUCCUGAAGAUUCUUCUGGUCCUCAUUCUUUGGGGAUUAAAAUUGGUAGAGAAGGUGCUAGAUUAUCUCAUACUCACGAGACUCAAUAUUAUUUCUGUCAUCAAUCAUUGACCAUGUGGUCCAUCAUUAUGAGAGAUUUUAUUAAGCUCUGGAAAGUUGCUGAUGAAGAUCUUCUUUCCAAAAUCAAUUAUAAACUUAUGGAUACCGGUCAAGGUCUUCAAAGAGUCAAAGCAGCACCUCAAACACAAAGAUUUAUGUACAAGAUUAUCCAUGAAGUACAACGAAAGACGCCCGUGAGUUUCAUUGGCUCUUCAUCCGUCCACAUUGCCGAUACUGCAGUUCCUAGUGCCUUGAACUUCUUAGAUAAAUAUAUUCAAGUGCCACGGAUCUUGAUCCCUGUGGAUAAGUGUUUGAUGAUGAUAGAUGAAAUGAUUAAAGACCAAUAUGUUUCUGAAGCUAUUGAUAGUGAAUUUGGAAGUGCUGAGAAUUUGAAGUUAGAGAUCUUGACUGAUUUCUUCAGACAUGCAUUUAACGGUAGUGGAGGUUCAGAUUAUUUCAAUGCCGGAAGUUGUAUUGAUGGACGUUUAACCUCAGCAUGGAAUUGGGCAAACUUGAUUGCAAAGAAGAAUUACUACAAAUAUUUUUUACUUUCUGGAUUUAUUGGAUUCAAUGGUACUGAUGGUUGGUAA